CAGAUGGAGCAAAGAUGAGCAGCAGCAGCAGCAGCAACAGCAACAGUAACAGGAGCAGGAGCAGGAGCAGGAGCAGAAGCAGGAGCAGGAGUAGGAGGGGGGUGCAGAGACGCGGAUGCUCUGCUUCAGUCCGACCGACACUCAGUCAACUUGAGCGGACGUCAGCGUGAGGCUCGUGAGCCCCUCACGGCUACCGGCCAUUCGUGUGCCUAGGAAGUCCACUUUAGCGAAAGAUUUAGUGGAGUGACUGAGCGGGAGAGAAGAAGCUGGAGGUGUUUUGGUUCAUCCCGCUUCGCAGGUUUCAAAUCGGAUCAGUGUUGAUUAAUUUCGACGUUUAAAAUGUCCAUAUUGCCGUUCACGCCUCCCAUAGUGAAGAGGCUUCUCGGCUGGAAGAAGGGGGAACAGAACGGCCAAGAGGAGAAAUGGUGCGAAAAGGCUGUGAAAAGUCUGGUGAAGAAGUUGAAAAAGAGCGGACAGUUGGACGAAUUGGAAAAGGCCAUCACGACACAGAAUGUCAACACUAAAUGUUUAACCAUUCCAAGAUCAUUAGACGGUCGACUCCAGGUCUCUCACAAAAAAGGUCUUCCUCACGUGAUCUACUGCCGCCUGUGGCGCUGGCCCGACCUGCAGUCCCACCAUGAGCUGCGGGCCAUUGACCAGUGCGAAUACGCCUUUCACACAAAGAAAGAUGAAGUGUGCGUGAACCCUUAUCAUUACCUUAGGGUGGAGACGCCGAUAUUACCGCCUGUACUAGUUCCACGACAUACAGACAUCCCUGCAGAGUUCCCCCCACUGGAUGACUAUAGCCCCUCCAUUCCUGAAAACACAAACUUCCCUGCUGGGAUUGAACCUCGGAGUAACUACAUACCUGAAACCCCGCCACCAGGGUACCUGAGCGAGGAUGGAGAGACCAGCGAUCACCAACUCAAUCACAGCAUGGACACAGGUUCACCUAGCCUGUCUCCCAAUCCUGUGUCACCCACAAACAAUAACCUUGACCUACAACCUGUGACCUACUGCGAGUCCGCGUUCUGGUGCUCCAUCUCCUACUACGAGCUCAACCAGCGUGUAGGAGAGACGUUCCAUGCCUCCCAGCCCUCCCUCACAGUCGACGGUUUCACUGACCCCUCCAACUCGGAGCGCUUCUGUCUGGGCCUCUUGUCCAAUGUUAACCGCAAUUCUGCAGUGGAGCUCACACGCAGACAUAUAGGACGAGGUGUUAGGUUGUACUACAUUGGUGGGGAAGUGUUUGCAGAGUGUCUCAGUGACAGCGCCAUCUUUGUCCAGAGUCCCAACUGCAACCAGCGCUACGGAUGGCAUCCCGCUACAGUCUGCAAGAUCCCGCCAGGGUGCAACUUGAAGAUCUUCAAUAACCAGGAGUUUGCCGCUCUUCUUGCCCAGUCGGUGAACCAGGGCUUCGAGGCUGUUUACCAGCUCACCAGGAUGUGCACCAUUCGCAUGAGUUUUGUCAAAGGAUGGGGAGCUGAGUACAGACGUCAGACAGUGACCAGCACCCCCUGCUGGAUCGAGCUGCAUCUGAACGGUCCUUUGCAGUGGCUGGACAAGGUUCUCACACAGAUGGGUUCUCCCAGCAUCCACUGCUCAAGUGUGUCUUAGAGGCAGCCACCUCCACGUGUUGACGCUUUCACGCCACACGAGACUACUUCAGUUGCUCACUCUCUGUGCCGAUGUAAGGAAAGAGACAGUAUUCAUCAGAUCAGCCACCUCCCUUGCUGUAAACAUUUAACCUCACACAGUUGUUGCACUUUGCUUUGGACUGUUUAAGUGUACCCAAGUGAUGGUCCUUUUAUUCGUGUUCCACGUGCGGCCACCGAGUAUUAUCUGUCAUUUUCAGAUACGCCACACAGCCUUUUUUUUUCCCCAUCACCAAGAUAGCAAGUAACCAAUGCAUAGCAACAGUCUUGUGUUCAUGUUGUUGCCGUUGGUGACGCCACGACCGAAAUUCUGCCAACAAAGGAAUGACGGGACAUUUUCAUGAAACUUUGUGGAGGAGUAGGGCACAUUGAGGCAAUUUAUUUUCAUGUUUCUAUUACAUUUUUCAUGGACUUUCUCAGGAACUAAAAUAGAAACCUAAAUUACACCCCCCCCAACCCCUACCCUCCACUGAAUCUUGACUUUGCCAGGUUGCCAUAACAACAAUGUUCCUGCGUGUUUAUAAUUUUAAAAACAUUGAUUCUAUGAAUUAACACAAUUUUUGAGUUAGUCUUUAUGGCCCAGUGCCAACUCUUUUAAACAGAAAAUUACCAUAAUUAAUGUGAUAAAAUUGUUUUAAGUACAAGGUACUCCCCCACAGCCAAAAAAACAUUUAAUUAUAUUAAUGAGAAUUAGAUGAUUACUUUUAAAUUGGUGGAUUAUCUAUUUUAAACAAAAUCAGCACUAUGCUUUCUUGAUUAUAUAAAAGAAAACCUUGUAUGAAAAAAAAAAACCUAUUUUGAUAAGUAUAAAAAAAAAUACAUUUUCUAAGUUAUUUUUGCAUAUUGUCCUGCAUGGAAAUAUAUUUUUUAUUGCCUCAGUAUGAUUGUACAUACCUAUUUAUAGUGUGUGAUUUCUUAAUAGUUAUGCCUUGAUGGAAAUGUGACUGCACAUGAAGGGCACAGGUAAGGAGUGUACUUUAAUAACUCGGCCUGCUUUAUUGCUGACUUUUCACAGCUCUGGUCAACAUAUAGGAUUAGUCCUUUGAACACUGACUGAUCAAACGUGGUUCGGUUCGAGGUAUUACAGUUUUAGAAGGAUGUUUGGAUGAAAAACAAAGGUCUUAUUGCAUACAACCCAAACAGUGGCCCCUCUGCUUCGUGUGGGUGAACGAUAGCACUUCCAAUUUACUGUUGAGUGGUGUCGCUAAAAGUGUAUGUUCAACGCUACAGUGCAUGUGUAACCAGCCUGCUGUCCUUGGCCAUAGUCUUUGAAGUUGCUGCGUGAAUGAAUAUUCAUGCCCUUAUGUUACAGGACCUCGUCUAUGAAAUUUGUCACACUUUAUGCAACAGUGCAUUGGGUUGAUGAUAGAGCUUCGUCUGCUCUUGUGGUCUUCGAUGUCUUAUGUACAUGCAUUUUGUUCAGUCACUAAGUGAAAUAUUUGUUCUUAAAUGGCCUUUUUAUGUGAAAAACCUAAUAAAUAAAUAAAUGUGAAGUAUUUGCUUCCAGUAGAACAUGGUGAGAGUACAGCUUGUGGAAACUAAGCAAUACAGUAAAGCAUAGAGCACAUUUUUUCUAAGAUGCUUUUGAGAGCAUGCAAUGGAAUGACUCAUAUUCACAACAUCAGUAUCUUUUUUUUCCUCCAUUUAGCCUUAAUAAAGACAGGUCUGUAACUAAUUCAAGUGCAUCCAUUAAUGCAGUGAUUCUCAUCCACCAUGCCGCGCGGCAUUGUGUGCUGUGAGAUUGUCAAAUGGGUUGAUUGUGUGACAGCCGGUGCUUUAGCGGACCUCAUUGUGAUGUGGAACUGGGAUGUCAAUAACUAGGUUCACCAUGCUCACAGAGGCCACAAAAAUACAGCUUACGCUUCAUCCAAGCCACAUAAGUAUCUGAACACCUGAGAAAACCAAUGUUAUCUGGUACAGUAGCCUUUGUUUGCAAUUACAGAGGUCAAACGUUUCCUGGAGUUGUUCACCAGGUUUGCACACACUGCAGGAGGGAUUUUGGCCCACUCCAUCACACAGAUCUUUUCUAGAUCAGACAGGUUUAUGGGCUGUCGCUGAGAAACAUGGAGUUUCAGUUCCCCUCAAAGAUUUUCUAUUGGGUUUAGGUCUGGAGACUGGCUAGGCUUCUUUCAGAGCCACUCCUUGGUUUUCCUGGCUGUGUGCUUCGGGUCAUUGUCGUGUUGAAAGACCCAGCCACGACCCAUCCUCAAUGCUCUAACUGAGGGAAAAAGGUUGUUCCCCAAAAUCUAACAAGACAUGGCCGCGGUCAUCCUCUCCUUAAUACAGUGCAGUUGUCCUGUCCCAUGUGCAGAAAAACACCCCCAAAGCAUGAUGCUACCAACCCAUGCUUCACAGUAGGGAUGGUGUUCUUGGGAUGGAACUCAUCAAUUGUCUUCCUCCAAACACCGUUCGUGGAAUUAUGACCAAAAAGUUCCAUUUUGGUCUCAUUUGACCACAAAAAGGAUUAAGCUAACCUCCCAUGACUCCUGUGUAUCAUCCGAACAGUCAUUGGCAAACUUAAGACGGGCCUUGACAUGUGCUGGUUUAAGCAGGGGAACCUUCCGUGCCAUGCAUGAUUUCAAACCAUGACGUCUUAGUGUAUUACCAACAGUCACCUUGGAAACAGUGGUCCCAGCUCUUUUCAGGUCAUUGAUCAAGUCCUGUUGUGUAGUCCUUGGCUGAUUCCUCACGUUUCUAAGGAUCAUUGAGACCCCACGAGGUGAUAUCUUGCAUGGUGCUUCACUCUCAUUGAGAUUGAGCAUCAUGGUUAGCUUCUUCCAUUUUCUAAUGAUUGCUCCAACAGUGGACCUUUUUUCACCAAGCUGCUUGGCAAUUUCUCGGUAGGCCUUUCCAGCCGUGUGGAGUUGUACAAGUUUGUCUCUGCUGUCUUUGGACAGCUCUUUGGUCUUGGACAUUUUACAAGUUUGAGUCUUACUGAUUGUAUGGGGUGGACAGGUGUCUUUAUGCAGCUAAAGACCUCCCACAGGUGCAUCUGAUUCAGGAUAAUACAUGGAGUGGUGGAGGACUUUUAAAGGCGGAAUAACAGGUCUUUCGAGGGUCAGAAUUCUAGCUGAUUGACAGGUGUUCAAAUACUUAUUCUCCUCACUGUAGCUACUUGCAGACAAACCUCAACGUUCAUUCUACUUUGACUUAAAUGUUUUUAUUAUAAGAAGUCAAAGUCACAAACUUCAAUGUGAAUGUGUUGUUGGUGCUGUG